AUGGCAAUCAACCCCGAAACCCUGAAUCUCGACAAGAACAAGCUGGCCGCCCUCGAGGUCGCCCUCGGCCGUAUCGAAAAGGACCACGGCAAGGGCGCAGUGAUGCGCGGCGACGAGCAGGUCGCUCACCUCAUCACCAACGUCAUCCCCACCGGCUCUCUGUCCCUGGACCUGGCCCUGGGUGUCGGUGGCCUGCCCCGUGGCCGUGUUACCGAGAUCUACGGCGGGGAGUCGGCCGGCAAGUCCACCCUCGCCAUCCAUAUCAUGGCCGAAACCCAGCGCAUGGGCGGUCUCGCCGCCUACAUCGACGCCGAGCACGCCCUGGACCCGCACUACGCCACCAAUUGCGGCCUCGACCUGAACAACCUGCUCAUCUCCCAGCCCGACUCCGCCGAGCAGGCCCUGGACAUAACCGAGCAGUUGGUUCGCAGUGGCGCCGUCGACGCCGUCCUGAUUGACAGCGUCGCCGCCCUGGUUCCCCAGGCCGAAAUCGAAGGUGACAUGGGUGAUGUCCACGUCGGUAUGCAGGCCCGCCUGAUGUCCCAGGCUCUGCGCAAGCUCACCUCCACCAUCAACCGCUCCCGCACCGCCGUCGUCUUCAUCAACCAGAUCCGAGAGAAGAUCGGCGUCAGUUACGGGAGCCCCGAGGUCACCCCCGGCGGCCGCGCUCUCAAGUUCUACAGCUCCGUCCGCAUCGACCUCCGCCGCAGCGAGUCCCUCAAGCAGGGCUCGGAGAUCAUCGGCAGUCGCGUGCGCGCCCGCAUCGUCAAGAACAAGGUUGCUGCCCCCUUCCGUGUCGCCGAGUUCGACAUCAUGUUCAACCAGGGUAUCAGCAAGGUGGGCGACCUGCUGGACAUCGGCGUGAACCAGAACAUCAUCAAGAAGGCCGGCGCCUUCUACUCCUACGGCGAGACCCGUCUCGGCCAGGGACGCGAAAACUCCAAGAACUUCCUCCUGGAACACAUCGAGAUCGCCGACGAGAUCGAGGCCCUCAUCCGCGGUGACGAGGUGUCCGAUGAUGACCUGCCCGACGGCAACGUCAACGGUCACUUGGAAGGCGCUGCUGCCGAUGGCGCCGCCUACGUCGCCAACCCCAACUCCGUCAGCCUGAACUAG